AUGGAAAUUCGAGAUUGCUCUUCUCGAGUAACUUCCGAUAUCAUGAAUGAGCUGUUUAAUUUUGCAUUACCGGUGUGUUUGUCGUUGUCACCAAUCGUGAUCGAAUUGUCAAUCGACAGAGCUGGGUCACCGAGAGUAGUCGUCAAUAUCCUCAUCAAGAUGCCGAAAAAUACUGCUAUUCGAUUGGACGCUGCUCGUUCUACAUGGACAAUAGGAAUUAGUUCGUUCAAUGUAUAUGUUACAUUAUAUGUCAUUUGUCGGUGGUUUGGAGAGGGGUCAAAUGAAGCACUUCUGUCCAUGGAGCUUUUAUGGUCGUUGAAUAUUAGUGUGGUUUCUUCAUACGCGCCUUUGAUAACAUGGAUAGCCAAAUCCGUAAUACAUGCAGAUAACCAUUGUCUAUUUUUAAAAUUACCUUUACCUUACUCUGUAUCUGAUUUUGCACUUUUUGGGGAUUCUAGCCAAUUCGCGUCUAAAAUUUUAGUUUUGGGAAAUAACAAAAGUUAA